AUGUCAACAGUGAUCUCAACUGUCGAGACGCUGCAGGACCUGGCGCACCGGAGGUAUGCCCGGCUGAGCCACGUGACCUCCAGGCCUCGUGCUGGCGCCAGGGGCAUUAGCGUGUUCCAGCGCAUCCCCGCCAACCGCACCUGCAGCGCCGCCGGCAUCCCCGACCACUUCUGCACCUGCCAGGACACGAAGGAGGCGGACCCCGGCGACCCCGCGCUCGAGCUGGCCGCGUCCUUCCUGCGGGGGACGCUCAACCAGGACCUCAGCGCCUUCCCCGCCUGCGUCAGGUUCUCGGAGAUCCGGGUCAUAACAGGUCGCGUGUCCAGAUCCAACAAACAGUUGUCGCCCCAAGACACAACCAGUGACGUAAGAAGCUAUCUCCUGCAAGCUACGCUCCAUCCUGGCAAUGUUGCUGUUGAGGCUACGCUUCGCUAUAACCCGCAGCCAGAGUUAUUCCAGGUGACCGGUGAGGUAUCAAGGAUCAACCAGUAUGGAAACCAGAGCCACUGCAUCAAACACUCCGUCCUCAGGAAGUUCUGCUUCUGCAAGGACCAGCUCGAGACCGACCACCCCACAGACCACAAGACCUCUGAUACAGAUCUCAAGGACCAACAAGGGCUUAAGAAAACCACCGUCGACCACCCCACACACAAGACACAUGGCACUGAAGAAAGCCGCGCCAACGAGUCUUACGCCACUGCUCGUCAGGUGGACAAGGCUGGGGACGACCGCCACACGACCAAGCCUUUCGAUAACGACCAUCAGUACGACCACAAGCAACAAGAGGGACUUCAGACGCCCGAAGGAAGCUCGGAGAAUAAGAAUUCUGGGAUGAAGAAUGAGACUACGAGACGACAAGGAGAGAAGGCGGCGACGAAGGAGGUGGAAGGGACGGAGGACAAGAAGGAAAAGAGUGAUAAGGGGAAAAGAUGAAUUGUGGAAUAGAAGAGGAGGAAUCGUGGAGAGAACGAGGAAGGUAUAGA